GAGAAACACUGUCCAAUGUGCGUUGCCCGCAUGCCAUCUCGUCGUGCUGCUCUGCGCGGCGAAAGAACAGGAAAAAAAGAAAGAAAGCAAGACCUGGAGUCGAGCACGCCCAGUCCGCAUCCUUCACUUCACCCCCUCCUCCUCUCCCGGCGAGCUGUCGUUGCUUCUUGUCACUGCCCCUUUUCUCCCCCCCCUCCUCGCUCGCGCUGCUGGUCCUCUCCGGUGCAGGAGGCUACGGCUGACGGUAACACGCGACAAUGCAGCGCCCGGGGUUCCAUGCCCUACAUAUCUCUCGUCCAUAAACCGCGACCCUCGCGCGAAUAGCCGUCCAGACACGGGUCUUCCAAGGCCCGCCGUCCUGCACGUCGCUGGCUCGACCUUUCCUUUCUUUUCCCUCCGUUAAUCAUAAUCAGAUCUCUCCCUUGACCCCCGGUUGGCCGAGCCGUUGGACACCCACGCACAUCCUCAAACAGGCGUGGCCGAGCCUCCUGGGCCUGACAUCGCCGCAUUGGUCGGCCAUGUGGGCUCGACUUUCGUUAGCGCACAUCAUAGCAUAGCAGACCGAGAGCACGACAGGGACGCCCGUCUCCCAAAAAGACUCCCGCACCGCCAGCCCGCCUUUGCUAGUUUAGCCGCCGCGCCAUCAACAGAUUCGGGCCAACGCUAUCCAACGGCCGACUACUGUGCGCUCCAUGGCUUGUGCUCGCACGCCAUCGCCCUGUCCCGUAUAUCUUAAGUAGUGCUCUCUGUGCCGAGAGCCUCUUGCAUCAGGCUUGACUGCGCAUCUACACACGACACAAGGCUGCAUCUUGAUUGCAGAAAGCUUCAAGCGGCUAGCCCCCAGGGUCUAUCGCUAUGAAUAUUUUCAAGAGCCCCUCUACAUCCACAGGGCACGGCCGACCGCGGCCAGCCCAUUCCAUCCGCGGCAAGAUCUCUGGCCCUAUACCGAUACCGAACCCGGCCGACGACGAAGAGUUUCCCAUCCGAAACCCAGGCUCUAACCUUGCCGCCAACGGCCCCGAGGAAGAGUUCCCCAUCCGCCAGAGGGGCGCCGGAAUCGCAAGUCCGACUCCGCUUGAGGAACCACCGACCAGAGGCGACCAGCCGGAAUCCCAGAGAUCAGAGGCCCUUGUACCUCCCCCGCCUGCAAGCAACUCCGGGAGUAGCAGCCGGAACGACGACCACGGAGCGAACGGCACAGCAGCUUCCCACGAGCCAUCCCCCUCGAUGAAAACGAUACAGCCCAUCAACCCCGCGCCGGCACCGGCACCGGCACCGGCACCGGUACCGGCGGUAGCUUCAACUCCACCCCGGGUGAAUACGCCCACGCCAGCACCGGCACCUACAACCACACCCGCGACACCGCCCAGCCAGCAGCAAGCUGCCGCCCGCACAAGCCCUUCGUCGGGCACAGGAACGUCUCCUGGCCACAAGCGAACCAACCCAUCAAGCACGCUACGAUACUCGGUCGUAAGCAACACCUCGGGCAACACGGCAGAUAACCGCCCACAAAGGAAAAAGUCCACCCUGCGUGGUGCUUUCAGCAAACUUUUCAGUCGCAAGAAGAAGAACAAGACUAGCCUCCAAGGCUCGGGCGACGAGACCGAUCGCACCUCGAGCGUGGUGCCGUCGACCCAGCACCGCAGUGACACGUCGGCACUGGAACAAGUCAACGAAGCGGAGCCGAAGCGGUCGGCGUCGUUGCCCAUCACAGAAUACGACCGCGCGCUGCGGUCACACUCUGUUGGUCCUAAUGACAUUACCGCUAUAGAAAGCGCGCGCAACUCGAUGCAUAUCGACGCCUUCACCGGGGGCCGGAGGAGAGCCGUCACGGCGACGCACAGCAACAUGUAUGGGGCCAGGAAUUUCCACCGGAGACAUGACCUCGGCGAAUGGGGAGGUCUGUCGCCACGGCCCGCCAGCAACCACGCCAGGGGGAGCCGUCUGAUUCACCCGGACGAGGACCCGACCAUGAUUGGUCGCGCCAUCACAUCUGACAUAGCAGGAGAGUAUGCGCAAAAGCGGCGUUCACGCUCUCUGUCCGGACUCGAUCUGCCCGGAAUUCCCGGAUCUUCUGGAGGCACGCGACGCCGCAGCGAUGAGAUCCGCUACUGGCGCGAGAGCUACGGCCCCAGCUACCUGUCACCACUUUCCUCGACGCACCCGGAGAACGGGGGCGGGGAUGCCGAGUUCAACGACAACGACGACACUGGCAUGCUCUCGGUGGAUCCUUCCCAGGCACCGUCCACCAUCCAGCAAUCGACUGAGGCGCCGCCCAAGACGCCGCCCCAGCCUUUCAACUUUGGCUCGUUUGCUACCAUGAACGAGAUGGCGGGCAUGAAGAUUACACAGGCCGUGGGCCUUGACGAGCGCAUGGGGAGUCUCGAAUCCAGAACCCACCGGCUGGAGCGCGUCGUCGACCAGCUCUGCCACUCAGUUCCCGGUUUCAAGGGCCCCAUGGAGGACCUAGCGACCGGUUAUGGGAGAGGAGCUCCGCGCUCGGUGCCAGUAGUCACCGGUUUCGAUCUGCCCGCGCCUCCACCUGGUGUAUUUGGCGCCAACCCCUCCGAUCACGCCGCGAUUCCCCGGGGCGCCAUGCAAGCCAUCACGCUAGAUCUCAGCGGAGAGGCUGCGAGCUCCUCCUCGCGCUACAGCUAUAGUAAGCAUUCGGCCGUGACGACGGAAGGCAACGCGUCGCGCAUGUCCUUCGGGGACGGCCAGACAUUCAUCGGAAGCAUGCACCCUCCGUCGAGCGCCGCCACGCAGACUCCUUCCAUCCCCGCCAUCCCGGCCCAUUCGGCGGCGCCUUCGCCGGGGCUGAGACCGACUUCGAUGUCGACUGUGCGAGGGGCCACGAGCCUACCCGCUCUUGCCGCAGCCGCCGGCGCGCAUGAACAUCAUCUCACAUUGUCCGUGGACGCCCUGGCAGCGCAGCUCGAGGCAGAGAGGGCCGCCCGGGUCGCCCUCGAAGUGCAGGUCAAGAAGCUGUCUGACCGGAUGAAUACGUUGUCAAGCACCAUGUAUGCGAUGCUGAGGGAUCCCCACAAGAGCCGGUCGCAAGAGCGUCUUACCCCAAGCCGGUCCCAUGAGCGGCUAUCGCCCGCCUCGGCCGCUGUUGCCGGGGAUAGCAAACUGCCAGGGGUUGUGGGAGCCAUGGCAAAUAGUCAGUCGAGGUUGCUGUCCAAGCCAUCUGCCGGCUCGCUCUCGUUGCCGCUGGGCACGCCGUCGGGACAGACAUUUCCCACGGUGCCUCAGGUGGGCACGACGAGCUUUGGGGGCAUUGGCGGCAAACCCCCCAUUGUGAAGACGCUCUCAGUAUUUGAGAGUGACGGAGAGGAUAGCGAGCACGAGGACGGCUCGGUAUUCCAAACCCCCAGAGAGGAGCAGUCACCACACCCGUACGGCGCGUUCGGCGAAGAUCUCAGAGACGAGACUGACGACGGUGAGGAGCUGGAUCCGAGGCGGAAGAAGGCUGCACGGACACUCAGUCUGAGCCAGCUCACGCUGGGUCCAGGUGUUCAGGGGAACAUGAUUUAAACGGCCCCUUACGUUGGAAAUCAUCAAUUUGGGGAUUUCCAAUCCUCUUACGACCGGCACGACGAUGGACGAGCUUCUUUUUCUCCUUGGCUUCGUUUCCCCAUCCUUCUCGCCCGCCUGGUGGAUAGGACUGCUGUCGACACGGACUUUAUGCCCUUGCGACAGGGAGAAGGCUGGCAAGCGUUUCGAUAAUCCGCGCGCAUCGUAUAUACCCCGACUUGCUUCCCCUUUCCAUUUCUAGGGGAGGUUGGAAGAGCAAGCGAUUUUAAUUCACUUUGUUUUGUGUUUGUUUUCUGUGCUUGGGUUACACUACCCCUUGAAUCUCCGAGUUUGAGCAUAUUUGAGGCGUGCAUCACGGCGGUCACAUCUUGUCUUUGUUUCCUUUCUCGCUGCAGCAUACAUGCCGGAAGGGCAUAUGUUUGACAUUUUAGGGUGCUUUGCUCCCCAUAUUCUUCUCUUCUUCCAAGGCUGACACUGCCACCUUUUCACGACAUUCGCUUCUUCAAGCUCUUGCAUGUCACUUCGGUGCAGUGCCUGGGCCAUCUGUCCUUUCUUUGUUUCUGAGCGUUCUUGACGUUGCAUCAUGGCGGUGUACAACUUUUAUAGGUUGAUAUCCAUAUUCUUGCAAGUAAUGAAUGACUCC